AUGGGGCAUCUACAGAUUGCUAGGUUGGCCGGUUGGGUUCCCCUUAUAACGCACGUUCGUGUGUCCCUCCCACGUACUCGUCGACCUAGCAACUACAGUACUCCUAGUUUGAACCGCGAGCAGCACGUUGACCACCGAGUUUCGGGCAUGGCGAUCCAGCCGAGAACGUGGGUGGUUUUCCUGCUGCUCGUGCUGCUGUCGUCGUCGUGGCCCAUCGCGGAGGCGUCGCACCGCGUCUUCCCCGACCUGCAGUCCCUGGAGGCCGAGGGCGGGCGCGCCGUCGACGUCGACGACUCGCUCCGCACCGGCUACCACUUCCAGCCCCCCAUGCACUGGAUCAACGAUCCUAAUGGCGUGAUGUACUACAAGGGCGUGUACCACCUCUUCUACCAGUACAACCCCAAGGGGGCCGUGUGGGGCAACAUCGUCUGGGCGCACGCCGUCUCCACGGACCUCCUCAACUGGCUCAUGCUCCAGCCGGCCAUCUACCCGACGGCGCCCUUCGACGUCAACGGCUGCUGGUCCGGCUCCGCCACGGUCCUGCCCGACGGCACGCCCGCCAUCAUGUACACCGGCAUCGACGCCGACGGCCGCCAGGUGCAGAACGUCGCCUACCCCAAGGACCUCUCCGACCCCUACCUCCGGGAGUGGGUCAAGCCCGACUACAACCCCGUCAUCGCGCCGGGAGCCGGGGUCAACGCCACCGCCUUCCGUGACCCGACCACGGCGUGGCGGGGCCCCGACGGGCUCUGGCGCCUCGUCAUCGGGACCAAGGACAACCACCGGGGCCUCGCGGUGCUCUACCGGAGCCGAGACUUCCGGCGCUGGGUCCCGGUGCGCCGACCGCUGCACCACGGCGACACCGGCAUGUGGGAGUGCCCGGACUUCUACCCCGUGUCCUCCCACGGCGUCCUCGGCGACGUAAAGCACGUGCUCAAGGUCAGCCUCGACCUGACGCGGUUCGAGUACUACACCUUCGGCGCCUACGACCACGCUACCGAGACCUACGUGCCGGACGCGGUGCUCGCAGAUGGCAGCAACGGGCUCCGCUACGACUAUGGUAACUUCUACGCGUCCAAGACGUUCCUCGACCCGGCGAAGCAGCGCCGCAUCCUGUGGGGUUGGGCCAACGAGUCAGACUCCACGGCCGACGACGUCAGGAAGGGCUGGGCCGGCGUGCAGGCCAUCCCCAGGAAGAUCUGGCUCGCGGCGAACGGCAAGCAGCUCAUGCAAUGGCCGGUCGCCGAGGUCGAGUCCCUCCGCGGCAACCACGUCAACAUCACCGACAGGCUCGUCAAGGGCGGGGACUACUUCGAGGUCCUCGGGCUCACGACGCCGGCGCAGGCCGACGUGGAGGUAUCGUUCGCGGCGAUGGACCUGGACAAAGCCGAACCGUUCGACCCGGCAUGGCGCGGCGCCGACGCGCAGACGGUGUGCACGGCGCGGGGUGCGGACGUCAAAGGCGGCGUGGGGCCGUUCGGGCUGUGGGUGCUCGCGUCCGACGAGCUAAAGGAGAGGACGGCGGUCUUCUUCAGGGUGUUCAAGGACGGCGACGACGGCAAGCACGUUGUGCUCAUGUGCAACGAUCCCUCCAGGUCGUCCUACGCCGACCACCUCUACAAACCCAGCUUCGCCGGCUUCAUCGACGUCGACAUCGUCAAGACCGGCGGCAAGAUACCUCUUAGAACAUUGAUCGACCACUCCAUGCUGGAAAGCUUCGGAGGCCACGGCAGAAUGAGCAUAUUGUCGAGGGUUUACCCGACAAAGGCCGUCGGUGACAAAGCGCGCCUCUACGUGUUCAACCAUGGUGAGUCAGACAUCAAAGUUACGCACCUGAAUGCGUACGACAUGCGGUCGGCCAAGAUCAGCACCGAUAUCAAUCAACCGAUCAGAUGA